AUGGCCUUGAGCCUUUUGCAAGACUGGAGCAGGGAGCUGAAUGUGGACGUGCACAAAGCCCUACUGGUCACCGGCAUCCCGGAGGGCCUAGAACAGGUGGAUAUUGAAGCAGUCCUGCAGCCAAACUUCUUGCCCCUGGGCACCUUCAAGCUGCGGAAUGUGAGGGCCAUGAGGACGGAGAAGGCCAAAGCCGCACUGGUGGAGUUUGUGGAAGACACUAAUCAUGCUACCAUCCCCAGGGAGAUCCGGGGAACCGACGGGGUCUGGAAGGUUCUGUGUAUGGAGCGUGCGCAGGACGCAAGAGUCCUGAGGCAGAUGGAACGUCUGUUGCUGGAUGAAAGGGUCCCUGGGGAAAUGCCUACUCCUGAGGCUUUGGAGACCCAGGCCCAGGGUUCGGGGCAGGCUGGGGGGCCUUCUGGGGCAGCCAGGAAUGCUAGGAGGGGUCGUCGGGGUCGCAGAAACAGAGCCAGAGGCAACAGGUUGACCCAGAAGGGCACAAAGAGGGGUCGGGGAGGGCGUCCGUCCACUUCUGCAGGGAGCGAGUCAGAGGACUCUUCCGACGAGAGCCUGGGCAUUGUGAUUCGGGAGAUCGAGGAGGGAGACUUGAGCGGAGACGAGGAUCAGAGCGCACUGUAUGCGACGCUCCAGGCUGCAGCCAAGGAGCUGGUUAAGAAGUGGGCCCUCCAGAGCACAGCGGAUGAAGAAGAUGGUCCUCGGGAGUUCCUGGCUCUGGUCACCGUGACUGACAAAGCCAAGAAGGAGGAGAUAGAGAAAGAGACCCCUGAGGCUGAGUCUAUCAUCAAAGACAAGGCCGGUGUCCCCGACUUAGUGGCCCUACUGGCAGUGAGAGAUACCUCCAACGAGGAGCUGCUGACAGAUGGUGAGGCUUCAGAGAGUGACUCCCAGGACGAUGAGGACCAAGAAAAAGAGGGGAUGGACAAUCCUGAGUUUGUGGCCAUUGUGGCAUAUACAGACCCUUCAGACCCCUGGGCCCAGGAAGAGAUGUUGAAAAUCGCUUCUGUGAUUGAGGCGCUGGGCUGGAGCGACGAGAAAGACAAAAAAGAUGCUCUUCCGCAGGUCUUGUCUGUCAUGUCCAAGGACACCUCCGGGACCCGCGUGAAGGUGGAGGCGGCAGGCCGCGAGGUGGACGCCAUAGUUCUGAGGAAGGCCCAAGACGACAGGAACCUUCUGGAAUGCAUUUCUACCUUAGCGGAGCCAGAGAUCUCCUCCAAAGGGAAGAAGGCUCCGCUAGGCCUCCUCGGGGGCUGGGGUGAGGACGGUGAGGACGAGGGGGGCCUCCUGGAGUUGGUGGCGCUCCUGGCCGCCCAGGACGUGGCUGAGGUGAUGAAGGAGGAGAAACCAAACCCCUGGGAAGGCGAGAAGUACAAAUAUGCCAAAGGCAAACUGGGGGAGGUCUUGGCUCUCCUGGUCGCCCGCGAGAAGGAAUUGGAGGAGGCUUCGGACGAAGCGUCUGAGGAGUCGGAGGAGGCAGAGAGCGAGGAGUCAGAGCCUGAGGACGCGGCGUCCAGGAAGCCCCAGACCAAGAGGGCGCGCACGGCCCCCCGGGGCCGGGCUCAGGCCGGCGCGGCCACGGUCGCCGCCCCGGUCCAGUCCCGAGCUCAAAAAACCCGCGGGGUUGGCCGCGGCCGCGGCGCCACUCCGGAGAAGAAGGCCAAGGAAGACGCGGCGGGAAGCAAAAAGAAGAAAGGGGGCGCGGCCGCCGGGGUCCGGGCCAAGGCCGGCGAGGCCCAGGGCCAGCCGCCCGCCAGCUCCAAGUCCGCGCGCGGUAGGAAGGCUCGUCGGGGUCAGAAGCUGCGCGCCAAAUGCCGCUAA